AUGGUUCGUCCAAUCGGGACCCAGCCUUCAGGCUCCGCCUCUACGUUGCCGCCACCACUUCCGGUCCGCUCCCGGAAGUCCCGCAGUGGAGCCAAAUUUGAAGCCUGCGGAGAGGCGGGGACGGGGGUGGGGGCGCGGUCGCAAAGCUGGACCCGUCGAGGUUUCCUUGGCUGCCUGACCCCCUUAGGACCAAUCAUCAUGCCUAUCCGUGCGCUGUGCACCAUCUGCUCCGACUUCUUCGACCACUCCCGAGAUGUGGCCGCCAUCCACUGCGGCCAUACCUUCCACCUACAGUGCCUAAUUCAGUGGUUUGAGACAGCACCAAGUCGGACCUGCCCACAGUGCCGAAUCCAGGUUGGCAAAAGAACCAUUAUCAAUAAGCUCUUCUUUGACCUUGCCCAAGAGGAGGAGAGUGUCUUAGAUGCAGAAUUCUUAAAGAAUGAACUGGAUAAUAUCAGAGCCCAGCUUUCCCAGAAAGAGAAGGAGAAAAGGGAUAGCCAGGUCAUCAUCGACACUCUGCGGGACACCUUGGAAGAGCGCAACGCCACUGUGGAAUCUCUGCAAAAGGCUUUAGACAAGGCUGAAAUGCUAUGCUCCACCCUCAAGAAACAGAUGAAGUACUUGGAGCAGCAGCAGGAUGAAACCAAGCAAGCACAGGAGGAGGCCCGCCGGCUCAGGACCAAGAUGAAGACCAUGGAGAGGAUUGAGCUCCUACUCCAGAGCCAGCGGCCCGAGGUGGAGGAGAUGAUCCGAGACAUGGGUGUGGGACAGUCAGCGGUGGAGCAGCUGGCUGUGUACUGCGUGUCCCUCAAGAAAGAGUAUGAGAAUCUAAAAGAGGCACGGAAGGCCUCAGGGGAGCUGGCUGACAAACUGAAGAAGGACUUAUUUUCUUCCAAAAGCAAGUUGCAGACAGUCUACUCUGAACUAGACCAGACAAGGUUGGAGCUGAGGUCAGCGCAGAAGGACUUACAGAGUGCUGACAAGGAAAUCACAAGCCUGAAAAAAAAGCUAACGAUGCUGCAGGAAACCCUGAACCUGCCACCAGUGGACAGUGAGACUGUCAACCGCCUGGUUUUAGAGAGCCCAGCCCCUUUGGAAAUGCUGAACCUGAAGCUUCGCCGACCAGCCUUCGGUGAUGAUAUUGACCUCAAUGCCACCUUUGAUGUGGACACCCCUCCAGCCCAGCCUGCCAGCAUCCAGCAGGGCCGUGCCAAGAAGCUCUGCCAAGAGAUAGCACACUCUCCUGUUCAGGACAUCCCCAACAAGAUGCCCAAUGACCCCAAGCAGGAGUCCCAGCUCUCGCUGGGCGGCCAGCGCUGUAUGGGAGAGCCAGAUGAGGAGCUGGCUAGUGCCUUUCCUGUCUUCAUCCGGAAUGCUGUCCUAGGCCAGAAACAGCCCAAGAGGGCCAAAGCAGAGACCCGUCGCAGCACAGAUGCCGUAAGGACCGGCUUCGAUGGUCUUGGAGGUCGGACAAAAUUCAUCCAACCUACUGACACAACUAUGAUCCGCCCACUGCCUGUUAAGCCCAAACCCAAGGCUAAGCAGAGAGUCAAGACAAGGACAGUGCUCCCUCCCUCCCAGGCCAAACUGGACACCUUCUUGUGGUAG